AUGAAGUUUCUCGCCAUAUUCGUGUUGAUGCUGAGGCUGGCAUGGGCUCAAGGCUUACCGACGAGCACCACAGACGCAGAGGAACCGUGGGCAGCUGCGAUGGGGGAUGGCUAUCCCGUGCUGACCAGCUUUGAUGGACACACUUUCCAGUUUCCAGGGAGAGCAGGGCAAUACUAUGACCUUAUAUCGGCAGAUGAGCACCAGGUGACGAUGAAGCUGCAGGCUGGUCAAGCCUGGAACCAUACCGGAACCUUCAUUGAGGGGCUGGGUGUGCAGUACCACCAGCACAAGAUCAUCGUCAGUGUGAAUGCACAUGACGUGCUUGCAGUGUUCAUGAAUGGCCAGGAGCUGAGGAUGAGAGAGGAGCAAACUAAGCAGGAGCGCAUGCUGGCUGUGGAGGAUGGCUCAGAGCUGCUGCUGGCUUGGAGCCUGCAGUACCCAGAGCUGGGCAAUGCCGUGGAGAUAGUCACAGAUCUGCUGCGUAUAGUGACCUGGGUGACACCGGCGCAGACAGUAGAUCAGGACGGCGUGUACCAGCCUGCAUACCUCAAUUUUGAUGCCCAGCUUCUGGCGCCACCACACGGCGAAAUGCAGGGUGUUGUUGGGGAGGGCUUUGCGCGGCUGAUCAGCGGGCGCAGGGAGGAGGAUCAUUCGCAGCUGCACGGCAUGGUGGCCGACUACCAGAUGGCUUCCUACUUCGAGGGGCGCCGGCCGCUCGCAUAUGCCGGCGGCAGCGGCGCCGGCGGCGGCUGGCCGCUCGCGCUUCCCGGGGGCGGCGGCCAGCGGCGGCUGCUGCGCGAGGAUCUCGCCGGGAGGCCCAAGUUUCCGCUGCACGCCCGCGGCAGGUCGGCCAAACUCUCACAGGUUCGUGCGCGCACAAAGGCGGCACGUAUGCGGCGGCUGUCGGACAAGGACGUGAAGGGGGUGCUGACGCGGUCGCAGAAGGCCAUGCACCACAUGGGCGCCCGCCGCGCCGGCGUUGCCUAA